CGGGUUACGGGAAGUCACUGAAAUACCAAUCGGUGCCAUCCUCCCCUUGUAGAGAAGUGGUGAUUGGGUUAGAAAGGGAUUUGGGCGUUACACGUCGCCGUUAAAUUCACAAUUUACUUUUCAUUGAGAGUAUUCAACGGUAAAACAUAGCGACACAUCACUCUCAGGGAACCGGACUGGAUUUGUAACACAUGGCUUCUUCACACCAUCAAAACGACUUGUCCACCGGUUUCCACCCGCAGUUCAAAUCUUUCGCAACAGAGGCGAUCCACGUUGGGCAAGAACCGGAGCAAUGGAAAUCUAUGGCCGUAGUACCACCUAUUUCUCUGUCCACCACGUUCAAGCAGUAUAAACCUGGAGAUCAUGCUGGUUUUGAGUACAGUCGGAGUGGAAACCCGACCAGAAACUGCCUGGAGAAAGCUGUUGCUGCUCUGGAUGGAGCAAAACACUGUCUUGCUCUUGCCUCUGGGCUGGCUGCGACUAUGACCAUCUCUCACAUGCUGAAAGCUGGAGAUGGCAUUGUCUGCAUGAACGAUGUGUAUGGAGGUACCAAUCGUUAUUUCCGAAAGAUUGCUGCAGAAGUUGGCUUGGUUGUGUCCUUUGCAGAUUGCACCAAAAUCGAGUUGCUCCAGGCUGCUCUUAAGCCAAACACAAAAUUGGUAUGGAUCGAGACCCCCACCAACCCCACCAUGAAAGUAGUGGAUAUCCAGGCCUGUGCAGAUGUGGUCCACCAACACAACAUUGAUACCGUGGUGGUUGUGGACAACACUUUCAUGUCAGCCUACUUCCAGCGCCCACUGGCCCUCGGCGCGGACAUAUGCAUGUAUUCAGCUACUAAGUACAUGAAUGGUCACAGUGACGUUGUAAUGGGCCUGGUGUCUGUGAAUCGGGAGGACCUGUACGACCGACUGAGGUUUCUACAGAACGCCCUCGGAGCGGUACCGUCCCCCUUUGACUGCUACCUGUGUAACCGCGGCCUGAAAACCCUGCACCUGCGCAUGAGGCAGCACUUCAAGAACGCCCUGGCAGCGGCCAAGUUCCUGGAGGCCGACCCCAGGGUGGACCGAGUCAUCUUCCCAGGCUUGCCCUCCCACCCCCAGCACGAGCUGAUGAAGAAACAGUGCACAGGCUGCCCAGGGAUGAUCACCUUCUACAUAAAGGGAAAACUGGAGAACGCCACCAUGUUCCUCAGCAACUUAAAGUUAUUUGCACUUGCCGAGAGCCUCGGUGGUUAUGAAAGCUUGGCAGAGCAUCCGGCGAUAAUGACCCAUGCGUCGGUUCCUGAGUGUGAUAGGGCGGCCCUUGGGAUCAGCGACACAAUGGUCCGCCUGUCUGUGGGGCUGGAGGACGAGCAGGACAUCAUCGAGGACCUGGAACAAGCCCUGAACGCCGCUCAUCCAAAGAAGUAAUAUCUUCAGGACGUGCCAUGACCAGAGGUGGUCUGUCGUCAGCGGGACGGAGCGGCACUUAAGGACAACGCACACAAUGAUGAAAUCAUCAUCAGGGAACAACCUGCUCUUUAAACAUGACUCCUAAAUUGAUUCUUUGGAUGCUGUUUUUAUCAGGAGCACUUCCAAGGACUUUUUAAUCCAUUUGGCUGCUUUUGCAUUAUUUUUGUUAUCUUGUGUUUGGAGGGUGUUGACAGGGCAUUGUGAAUUUGAAUAAGAACCUAUCUAAACUGGUAUCCGGGACACUAGAGUAAGGCAAAAACAUUUGAGUUACUUUCAGCUUCAUUUAGUUAACUUGAACUAAUGAACCAGAUGGUCUUGCUCUGGAAAUGUCUGGACAGUAUGCCUAGAUGGAUAAUGUAUGCCUAGUAAAGGGAGCGUGGGGAAGCUUUGUCCCCCAUAGUUUGUCUUAAAGUUGGCCAGUGAGGGAGUGCCAGUUUAUAUUUUUAAUGGAAUGAUAAACUAGUGCUGUGGUAGGAUUAUUUUGAGCUAUGUGGUGUUGCUGAACUCGACUCAGUUCAUUAACGGGCUUGUUCUCUGAUCAAAAGUGACAUCAGGGUUUUCUGAGGAGAACCAACCCCACAUGUUGGAGCUCUCAUCUGACGGUGUAAUCUAUCACAUACUGCAUCUGCCUGCUACUCAAUGAAUGUGCUUUGUUUGGGAAAGACCUCGUUUGAUUAUGUGACCAUUACCAAACUCAAUAAAAUCAGUUUGCAGUACAUUAA